AUGCCCCGUGAUAAAUACAGUUCGCUUGAACAUGGCAAGAUGGGAUUCCACAAAUCAUCCAUGGGAAUCAGGCUCAAGGACCAGCACAUCCUCACUGCUUACUGCAAGCGGCCUUCCGGUGAGGCGGUCUACUCCGAGCUAGAUCUAAACAAUUUCCUGGGGACGAGAAAAGGCGACUUUGCUUGGGGCAACCGGGACUUCAUGAAGCAGGCGCGGAACAUUGAUUUCAAGCUAGAAGGCCCGGAGAAUGAGCCAGUGCUGCAUGCUGAUCUCGACGAUGGCGAAGGACAUAUGAAGCAGCGACAGGUGAAUCUGGGGAGUUGCAUCAUGAACGAAGAUGGUAAUUUGAGUUUCAUGCAAUGUUUCUAG